AAAAUCUUACAAGAAAGGCAAACAACUUUAUUUCUUUCCCCCCCCCCAACUCCCAUUACUUCUCUACAACGUAUAACAUAUAUAUAUUUCUUCGAAAGUUGAUCUCAAGUACUAGAAAUUAAGCAUAAUGUACAUGAAAGAAAAGCCAAGGAGAAUGUCGAAAAAGAGUUCACUGGUUGCUCGUAGAGCGUGGAACAUUCUCCGGCUGGCUCUGCUUUGGGCUAGAAAAGGCGGCCUCUUCAGGAACAGGCUCAUGCUGAAUUUAAACAUAUAUGUCAGGAAGCUCCUCCACUCCAACGAUGCGCGCGGCGCCCUUGCGUAUGGCGACCGGGAGUUCUCCUUCGACGACACCCCCAUCAUUCAUGUCAAGAUGCAUCGUGGUUCCUCUUCUUUAAGAUUCAAGAUGCCGCACAUUCCAUGCAUCAAGCCUCAGGUGGAUUUCGAGUAUGAUUUUGAUUACGAUGAUGAUGAAGAUGUAGCGAACGAUCAGGAUGAAAUGUCUUCUGAUCGUGAGCAGCGGCGGCGGCUAAGUUUCUUGAAGGAUGUUGAGGAAGAUGAUGAAGAAGAAGAAACGAAUGAGAGUUGUGAUGAUGAGGAGAUUGAUCUGAAGGCGGAGGAGUUCAUAGCGAGGUUCUAUGAGCAAAUGAAGCUGCAAAGACAAGUAUCGUAUCUGCAGUACAAUUGAUAAAAAAUCCUCCUCCUCCUAUACAUACAUAUAUACCAUGUUACCACAUUACAUGCAUUUCAUGAUCUGACUUCUACUGUAUAUCGGAUCUGGUUUUGUGCAUACACUUUCGCGCUUUUUACUUCCGUUUUGGUCAUUUUUGUUUUGGAGUUGCGGCAUUUUUGGUACAUAUGCCUUAGAAGCAUUAUUGUGCGCAUGUGGAAUAAGAACUGGAAUUUUGUUGGCUCC